AUGCAGCACCAGCACCAGCAGGACCGCGACACCCAGGUUGUGGAUGAGGAUAUGGGUGAGGCUGAGGAGGCUGACAAGGAGGCUGAGGAGGCUGAGGAAGCGGAGGAGGCGGAGGAGGCGGAGGAGGAGGCGGAGGAGGCUAAGGAGGAGGCGGAGGAGGCGGAGGAGGCGGAGGAGGAGGCGGAGGAGGCUGAGGAGGCGGAGGAGGCUGAGGAAGCGGAGGAGGAUGAGGAGGCUGAGGAGGCUGAGGAGGCUGAGGAGGCUGAGGAGGAGGCGGAGGCGGCUGAGGAGGCUGAGGAGGCGGAGGAGGCUGAGGAGGAGGCGGAGGCGGCUGAGGAGGCUGAGGAGGCGGAGGAGGCUGAGGAGGCUGAGGAAGCGGAGGAGGCUGAGGAGGCUGAGGAGGCUGAGGAAGCGGAGGAGGCUGAGGAGGCUGAGGAGGCUGAGGAGGCUGAGGAGGCUGAGGAAGCGGAGGAGGCUGAGCAGGCGGAGGAGGCGGAGGAGGCAGAGGAGGCGGCGGAGGUGGCGGAGGAGGACAACGAUGACAAGGAGGAA